AUGGGUACAGGAAAGAAGGAGGCCUCUCGUAAAGAGAGGGAGGGAAAGCCCAAGGAUGGCAUGGGCAAUGUCAAGACCAAAGGUGAAAAUUUCUACCGCGAUGCCAAGAAGAUCAAGACCUUGAACAUGUUCAAGGAUGGAAAGGCUCGUCGUAACGCUCAGGGUGAGAUCACAGUGGCCGCCAGUUAUCAGUCCAGAGACCUGCCGACAGCUCGUAUUGAGCCAAACCGUAAAUGGUUUGCAAACUCUCGAGUCAUCUCACAAGAGGCUCUGACCUCGUUCCGUGAUGCUGUUGCCGAGCGUGCUUCCGACCCUUACCAAGUUCUCCUCAAGACCAACAAGCUUCCCAUGAGCUUGAUCCGGGACGGUGACGGAAUCAACGGGCUCAAGCAGCAUCAGGCUAAGAUGGCGAUCGAGACUGCCCCCUUCAACGACACUUUCGGUCCCAAGGCUCAGCGCAAGCGUGUCAAGCUUGGUGUCUCUUCUCUCGAAGACCUCGCUGGCGAGUCCGCCCGCAACCAAGACACCUACAGUCAAAAGAACGAUGAAGGGUUCCACGCCGAUGGAAGUGCGAUCGUUCGUGGCGAUGACACUGCCGCUGCUGAGGACUUGGGUCUGCUCACAACUUCCCGCGAGUCUGUCUUCUCCAAGGGACAGAGUAAGCGUAUCUGGAACGAGCUGUACAAGGUCAUCGAUUCCUCCGAUGUUAUCAUUCACGUCUUGGACUCACGUGAUCCCAACGGUACUCGUUGCAGAAGUGUUGAAAAAUACGUUCGCGAGGAGGCACCCCACAAGCACUUGAUCUUUGUUCUGAACAAGUGUGAUCUUGUCCCAACCGGUGUUGCUGCCGCUUGGGUCCGUCACCUUUCCAAGGACUACCCUACCCUUGCAUUCCACGCCAACAUCAACAACUCCUUUGGUAAGGGCUCUUUGAUUGCCCUGCUCCGCCAGUUCUCUUCCCUUCACUCCGAUCGGAAGCAGGUCUCGGUUGGUUUCAUUGGCUACCCCAACACUGGAAAGUCUUCCAUCAUCAACACUCUUCGCAAGAAGAAGGUCUGCACAGUUGCCCCUAUUCCCGGAGAGACCAAGGUGUGGCAGUACAUCACUCUUAUGAAGAGAAUCUACCUCAUCGACUGCCCCGGUGUCGUCCCACCCAACGCGAAUGACACCGAGGAGGACAUUCUCCUUCGCGGUGUUUGCAGAGUGGAGAACGUUGAGAACCCCGAGCAGUACAUCCCUGCUGUGCUUCGUCGUGUGCAGCCCCGUCACCUCGAGCGUACCUAUGGCAUCAAGCACCAGGAAGAUUACCUCGAAUGGCUGGCACUUCUUGCUCGCCAGGGUGGUCGUCUCCUCAAGGGAGGUGAAGCCGAUCUGGAUGGUGUUGCCAAGAUGGUCAUCAAUGACUUCCUUCGCGGAAAGAUCCCCUGGUACACUCCCCCACCCAAGGGCAAGGGCAAGGAAGGCGAAGAAGAGGACGAUGGUGUCGAGGGCCGUGAAGGUCGCCUCGGCGAGAUGCCUCGCAAGCGCAAGUUGGAUGAAAACAACGAGCCUGUUGAGAAAGAUGACGAAGCUGAAUCUUCUGACUCCCAGCCUGGUGAUGAGGAAGUCGAUGGCGCUGAUAGCGACAAUGACUCCAUCGCCAACAUCGAAGUCAGCGACGUGGAGAGUGGCGAGGAGGAUUGA